AUGAACUCGACGUCGUUUUCAGACUUUGCGAUAAACAUUGCGAACGACCAUGCGCAGGUGGUUCCGGUAACAUUGUUCGUGGCGGUUCUCUGUCUCUGUGUAGUCAUCGGACACUUGCUUGAAGAAAACCGAUGGGUUAAUGAAUCCAUUACCGCUCUUAUAAUCGGAAGCUUGACCGGAACAAUUAUCUUGGUCAUAAGUAAGGGAAAAAGUUCUCACAUACUACGGUUUGAUGAAGAAUUGUUCUUCAUCUAUCUCCUUCCACCCAUUAUAUUCAAUGCAGGAUUUCAGGUGAAGAAGAAACAAUUCUUCCAUAACUUCUUAACAAUCAUGUUGUUUGGAGUUAUUGGGGUUUUUAUUUCAUCGUCCAUUAUUGCAGCGAGUACUUUUUAUGGUGUUUACUUCUAUUACUUCAAUGUUGCUGUUGGUCUAGGCACUAGGUGGCUGUUUCCUAGGUUUGGAUUUCGAGGGUUGACUGCGCGUGAGUAUCUUGCUAUAGGAACAAUUUUUUCAUCAACAGAUACAGUGUGUACGCUCCAGGUUCUUCAUCAAGAUGAGACUCCUUUGUUAUACAGCAUAGUGUUUGGAGAAGGAGUAGUGAAUGAUGCAACAUCAGUUGUUCUCUUCAAUGCAGUUCAAAAGCUUGAUGUUAACAGAAUUGAUGGCUGGGCUGCAGUCCAUGUCCUAUUGGAUUUCUUGUAUCUAUUCUCAACAAGCACUGUUCUUGGAGUGUCUGCCGGGCUUUUGACAGCCUUUGUCCUUAAAGGCUUGUACUUUGGAAGACAUUCAACCGUUCGUGAAAUUGCACUGAUGGUUUUAGUGGCAUAUCUAUCUUACAUGUUGGCUGAGCUGUUCCAUCUUAGUGGGAUUCUCACUGUCUUCUUUUGUGGGAUUUUGAUGUCUCACUAUGCUUGGCAUAAUGUGACUGAAAGUUCAAGAAUUACUACAAGGCAUGUGUUUGCGGUGAUGUCUUUCAUUGCAGAAACAUUCAUAUUUCUAUACGUGGGAAUGGAUGCUCUGGACAUCGAGAAGUGGAAAAUGAGCAAAUUAAGUGUUGGGACUGCAUUGGGCAUAUGUAGUACUGUGAUUCUACUGAUAUCACUUGGACGUGCUGCUUUUGUGUUCCCUCUCUCUGCGGUCUCCAAUUGCGUGAACCGAAAUGCUGCAGGAUCAUCACCGAUCACAUUCAAGCACCAGAUUAUAAUUUGGUGGGCUGGCCUUAUGAGAGGGGCUGUCUCUAUUGCUUUGGCAUUCAAACAGUUCACUUACUCUGGAGUUACAUUAGAUCCAGUUAACGCAACAAUGAUCACCACUACUAUUAUUGUCGUGCUCUUCAGUACAAUUGUAUUUGGAAUCUUGACAAAGCCACUUGUGAGUUAUCUACUUCCUCAUCAUACGAAUAACAGCAACAUCAACCGAGAACCUUGUGUCUCCAAAGAGAAUUUGAAGCUUCCUUUGCUCUCCUUUGAAGAAUCUGCUGCAACCAAUAUCCUCCGGGCGAAGGAUAGUUUGUCAAUGUUAAUAGAAAGCCCCGUCUACACCAUUCACUAUUACUGGAGGAGGUUUGAUGAUGCCUAUAUGAGACCGAUAUUUGGUGGGGCACGCAGUAAUGGGUGUGCAUGA